UUGUUUUACUCUGUAUUCUGUAAUAUAAAUUGUAAUCUGUAUUCUGUAAUCUGUUUAUGUAUAAAUUAAAAUAAUUAUUUUAUUCAAACUUCAAAAACCUGUUGUGAUUGUGAAGUGAUUUUUGCGGAUUUUUGUAAUUUGUAAUCAGGUUACAGGUGCAAAUUCAGUGUUUGCCUUGUGUUUUUCAAUAUAAAUUAUUGCAUUUAUAAUGUUAUUGAAAUCAUAGAUGACAUUAAAUGAGAUUAACCUUUAUAAUACAGUGCAAAGGGCAAAAUGUAAACAGAAGGAAUCGCUUAAAAAUGGUUUAGCAAUUAUUUACCUAAAAUGAAUGCUGCAUUUAUUAUGCAUAUAUUCAUCUCAGAAAGAUAAUUAAUAAAGGACCCUUUGACUAGAUGCUCCAUGCCAAUGCUCAUAUUACAAAAUAAAAAUGUCCUGUAAUUACGCGGAGGGUCUCUCUCCAUACGAACAUAAAGGAGUUCUUGGACUACCAGAAAAAUUUGACGCGAUUGAAAAGUUGAAAGAAAAAUGUCAAGUACUGGCAAAUUUAAUAAAAGAAAGUAAACAUAUUGUGGUCCACACUGGUGCUGGCAUCAGCACAUCUGCAGGAAUACCUGAUUUUAGAGGACCCAACGGUGUUUGGACACUCGAGAAAGAAGGGAAAAAACCAAAUAUCAACAUAUCUUUCACUGAUGCUAAGCCAACCAAGACUCACAUGAUACUAAAGAAGUUAGUAGAAUGCAAUAAAGUGCAGUACAUUGUCAGUCAGAACAUAGAUGGGUUACAUUUGAAGUCAGGCUUGCCGCGGAGAUAUUUGGCCGAACUACAUGGCAAUAUGUUUAUUGAUGAAUGUAAUCUGUGCAAAAGGCAAUUCGUAAGGAACGCACCAGUGGAGACAGUUGGCAAGAAGUGCAGUGGCGUGCCCUGUGCAGCUGGUCACGGUGGCGGAAGACCAUGCCGAGGUAGACUGUAUGAUGGAGUGCUGGAUUGGGAGCAUAGCCUGCCUGAGAAUGAUUUGUUAGCAGCGGAGUGGCAUUCUAGUAUUGCAGACCUAAGUAUAUGUUUGGGAACAACACUUCAAAUCAUUCCAAGUGGUAACCUGCCGUUAGAAACAGUGAAGUAUGGAGGAAAACUAGUCAUAUGUAAUUUGCAGCCAACUAAACAUGACAACAAAGCAGACUUAGUAAUCAACUAUUAUGUAGAUGACAUCUUAGAAAAUGUGAUGCAAAUAUUAGGAUACGAGAUUCCCACCUACAGUGAAGACGAUGAUUUCACAAAACUUGCCGCACAUUCCAUCAUUGACUGGACUAUAAAUAGAAAAGAUAUUUUAGCUUUGGAAAAAGUAUAUAAGGUUAAGUGCAAAGGUGUCAAGAAACAACGGGUUUUAAUAAAGAAACGAAGAAAUAGUGCAGAUGAAUCAAAUGGUUUUCUUGAUGAUAAGUCAAAAGUGGUUAAAAUAGAAAUUAAGGAUGAAGUGAACAGUGAUGUAAUUUGAUAAUGUAUGAUGAAUAAAGUGAAUUUUGAUAAA